CAUCAACAACAACCCCCAGAGAAGUCAACAUGGGGCGACCGAGGGCGACUGGCACGAGUCCCAUCCCCAGCGUCGCGACCCUGUCCUUUGGGCUCGCCAUUUCGUGCUUCUUUACGUCAGUGUUCUCCUUCGUUCCCAGCACCUUCGGCGGUCGGGUGCAACCUCGCACGGCAGCAGCAGCAGCCGGACGACAUACAACAGCAGCAGCUAGGAGAGCUCGAACAGGCACCAGCAUGGUUGCCACGGAGCCUGCUGCUGGGCUGCUGAAGACUGUGACGGUUGAUCUCGGAGACCGCUCGUACCCGAUCUACAUCGGGGAUGGCAUCUUGGACAGUGGAGAUCUACUGCGCCGCCAUGUGACGUCCAAGAAGGCUCUGGUUAUCACCAAUGACAAGGUUGGCCCCCUCUACCUGGACAAGACUGUCAAGAUUCUUGAGGCCGGCGGCGUGGAGGUUGAAACCGUCGUCCUGCCGGACGGAGAGGAGUUCAAGAGCCUGGAAGUCCUCACCAAGAUCCUGGACAAGGCCCUGUCGGCACGGCUCGACCGAAAGACGACGUUCGUGGCCCUGGGCGGAGGGGUGAUCGGGGACAUGGUGGGGUUUGCGGCCGCGAUCUACCAGAGGGGGGUCAAGUUCGUGCAGGUUCCCACGACCCUGAUGGCUAUGGUAGACUCGGCGGUCGGCGGGAAGACCGCAGUUAACCACCCUCUGGGCAAGAACAUGAUCGGCGCUUUCUACCAGCCGCAGGCGGUGCUGGCCGACAUGGGCACCCUCAAGAGCCUCCCUGACAGAGAGUUGGCGUCCGGUAUCGCCGAGGUGGUCAAGUACGGCCUGAUCAAGGACAGUGAGUUCUUCCGGUGGCAAGAGGGGUGCAUGGAGAACAUGGCGGCUCGCGACGCGGGUGUGCUUGCCGAGGCGGUGGAGAGGUCCUGCAUUAACAAGGCCAACGUGGUGGCGGCAGACGAAAAGGAGGCAGGCUUGCGAGCGACGCUAAACCUGGGACACACGUUCGGCCACGCGAUCGAGACUGGCUUGGGGUACGGCAAGCUCCUCCACGGAGAAGCGGUGGCAAUCGGCAUGCAUAUGGCGGCCGACAUGUCUUGCCGCAUGGGUUGGGUGGACCAGGAGCUCGUGGACAGGAGCGUGGCGCUCAUGGAAAAGGCGGGGCUACCGGUGGAGCUGCCCAAAGGGGGCGGGAUGGACAUGGACAAGUUCUUGACUGCAAUGGCCGUGGACAAGAAGGUAGCCGACGGGGAGCUGCGGCUGAUACUUCUCAAGGGGGACCUCGGGGGGUGCGUCAUGACGGGGGAAUUCGACGAAGCCGCCAUGAGGGCCACCAUCCAAGACUUCUGCGAUCGACAAUGACGAAUGGAUGGAAGAGGGAUGGUCGAGUGAGCUCCCCCAGGCUGAAGAUGAAGCGGUGCGAUGCGCCAAGCGGCCCUGGGCAGUCCAACCGUAGGAGCGAUACAAGAAGCACAAGCGGUCAUCGAGAGUCAAAACAUUUGACAUACGAUUGAGGCCAAAACACACACAUCGGUCGCCCAUAGAUAUAGUCCAAGCGGUAGACACGAGUGUAACGAAAGCUACAGAUUCUGUCUGUACUUACAAAACUCUUGGAGGCGUAUCGUGGUGGUGGCGACGGUGCCGGCGACUCUCUUGCUGCAAACGGCGACCCAACUACAGGACCGCACCGUCCGGAACUCUGCUGCUGCCAUCAGCGACGACGAUGGAUUUCAGCUUCUGUCGGUGUCGUCUUGAGACAUCAGCGUUUGGGGCCGACUUCACCCAAAGUUGGCUUUUCCGGGAGAAGGAAGAGUAGUAAGUGUGGGCGCUGCUUUGUCUGAUCAAGAAUAUCGAAGCAAGCGCCUUCGAAAAUCGAUCUGCAAUCACACCUGCUACCUCUCCCCGGUGUUUAUACGUGAGAGUGAGGGGCACCAGCCCAUCGCACACUUUGGCAUGAUGAUACGCUGCCUUUGACCGUGUGCGUGCGUUGUCAAGACGGAGAGAGGGGUAGAUUCAACCGCCUCGCCUUGCACGGUUCAUGGCUGUUGCUUCAUGCGUGUGGUCCACGCGGCGUGCAUGUCGUUGUCUUCGUACAAUGGUUGCCUUCCAUGAUGGAAUUCAUGAGAAAAAUCAGCUUCACGCUCGAGAAGAAUGGAAGAUUCAUCGAGCCAAGAGUC